AUGAAUAUGAUCGCUUUGACCUAUUGCUUGACGCUGUAUCGAUUGGUUCAGGCAUACAAAUUCAAGGUCCCAGAUCCCUCGAUGCGGGAUGAGUUCAGACGACAGGGUGGCUAUUGGGCAUGGCUAUACAAGCGCACGAUGCUAGGGAAAGGAAGUGAUGAUGAAAGUAUCGAUCAUCAAGCCGUUCAACGAAUGCAAACAGCGAUUGUUAACAAGCUAUCCGGCCAAACCGGUAAUGGUCCACCCGAUUCAAAAUUGUUAUAUCAAGCAACAUUACGGGAUGGAGAAUACGUGUCAUCAGACGACAAUGGAGAUUAA